AAUGAAUACAUGAAGAGGAGGGACACUUGUUUUCCUAAAGAAAUACAGGAGAACAGCACUCUGGAAGAGCACUAGGGAUCGUUUUUCCAUAAUCAGAUCUUGCAAAUGAUGAAGAUGAUGACAAGGAUGAUAGUGAACCUCAGACACUCAUUUGCAUGUGAUGGCUUGCAGAUGACAGAACAUUAAGUGAAGUGUCAUACUGAAGGAAGCUGCAAGCAUGUCUUGCAAAAGAGAAAUCUGUGUGAAGCCUAUCUACAGAAAUAAAGUAAAGCAGAAACCGGGAGCUUUUCUGCUUGUGUGUGUGUGGCUCCUGUGCUCACAGUCAGUGUCCAGCAGCAACCAAAGCUCUCGAGGCCAAACCGUUAAGCCGGGUACCUGUGAGGUGGUGGCGGCUCAUCGUUGCUGUAAUAAGAAUAAAAUAGAAGAGAGGUCUCAGACGGUCAAGUGCUCAUGUCUUCCUGGACAGGUUGCUGGGACCACCCACGCCCAGCCUUCAUGUGUAGAUGCGUCUAUCAUGCGAAUGAAGUGGUGGUGUCAAAUGGAGCCAUGCUUAAAUGGUGAAGAGUGUAAAGUGUUGCCUGACCUCAACGGCUGGUCCUGCAGUUCCGGGAAUAAAAUCAAAACUACCAAGGUCACGCGGUAAAGCAACACUUCUGUGGACAUGUGAUGACAACUCAUAAUUUCACACAAGCAUAUUUUAAAAUCAAACCUGCAAAUGUCAACAAAAAUGCACGCUUGAGCAGAAACGAGUGAACUGUGAACUAAGACUGUGAGAAGAGUUCAAGGCACUUGCUUGAUGAAAACCUAAAUAUUUAUAGUUCAAAUUAAUGAAAGAAAAGUAUCACGGUAUUUCCACAAAAAUAUUAAGCAGCACCUGUUUUUAAAAUGUUUCUUGAUUGGCAAAUCAGCAUAUUAGAAUGAUUUUUGAAGGAUCGGGUGAAAAUGAAGACUGGAGUAAUGAUGCUGAAAAAUCAGCUUUGCGUCACAGGAAUAAAUUACAUUUUAAAAUAUGUUCAGAUAUAAAAUUAUGGUUAUGGUUAUAAUAUUUCACAAUACUGAUUUUACAGUUUUAUUUUUGUUUUUACAGUUUUGUUUUUGGGUAAGCAUAAAUAGUAGAAUAGUAUAUUUUCCAAAAUAUCAUCUUUUGUGCGUCACAGAAAGAAAAAAAAAGUCAUGCAGGUGUUGAAAGACACAAGAGUGAGAAAUUGUUGAUUUGUGGGUGUACUAUGCCUUUAAAUAUUUUUGGAAAUCACAGGUAUGUUUUGGUUUUUCGCUCUCCAUCUUGAUUAAACCAUGUUGCACUAUAAUACGAAAAUCCGUUGUUCCCCAAAUUGUAACCAAGUUAACUCUGAUGUUGUUUUUGCACAGCAAAACAACUUCUGGAUGUCUGAUUUAGACAAAUAUUAAAAUAAAGCCCCUACCAACACACACACACAAACACACUGCCAGUUUCUUCAUUUUCAUCUGACUGACUUGACACACCACCUGCAAGUGGAGGCAAGUAAACAUGGAAGUUUGGAGCAAAACAAGCCCUGUUUGAUAUGGAAAUAGAACAGAGGAGUGUGAGAGUGUGUGUGUUUAUCUGGAUGUGUGAGAAAGACAGAUGGAGAACCAGACUAUGCUGGAGCCCAUGUGCUCCUGAGUUGUAGGUCAUUAUCAUAUUAGAGUUUAUUAAAAUUUUGAUUCCCGGGUUUGGAGAAGUCGGGGGCUCAGCUUUAAAUUAUGACUGUAAAAACAGUGAAAUUAUGUAUUUGUUUGCUUACACAAACACAUGUUGCGGAUCACCGCAGGUUCCAGUUUGUUAUUAAUUCACACCAGGGUCACCGCUGACUGUUUUGAAUGAUUUAUCAUGAGACUCAUUAAGACGCAUGACAAUACACUGAAUUAAUUUGCUGGUUUCAAAUAUAAAACUGAGAUUUUUGAAAGUGUUAAUGAAUAUUUCAUUAUUGAGGUGCCUCUCUGUAUCGUUAUUUAACCAUGAAGAAUGUGGGUAUUUUUUCACCUUGUCGCUCUGCAGUGCCCAUAAAAUUAUACCUGACAGUUUAAGUGGCAAGAGGGAAGAUGAAUUUGAAUGUAUUUCAAAAUAAACACAUUUCAAUUUUAAUGACACAGAACUCUCCUGGAGAGAGUAAUUGUUCUGUGUGGAGAUUCAGAAAACAGGGUAUUACUUAUGCAUGCCGUGCCUGGCAUCAGUCCCCCGGGGAGGGCCGGCGCGCUCCUGUAGUGUUUUAGAAGAGCCGAGGACAGUGGAUGUAAGCAUACCUGCUUGAAUUUAAACGACGUUGACGUCCAUAAUGAACUUAAUGGUGGGGUGCUUGAGUUUUACGUUCACACUCUUCUGUUUGCAUCGCAUUGUUAAUAAUAAGAGUGCAGCUGAAUAACUCGAUGUGCCAUUGUUCGCAUACUUUAAAAUAAGGAAAUGAGGAACUCAUGCCAACACGCUAUGCCAGCAUCUUAUUACAUCCAGCAGUGAGCGGAGGAAGACAGAGAAAAUUGUUUGGCUCUGUGGGAAAUAAAAAAUUCAAAUUAUCAACUCUUUUAGACGGGCAAUCUACCAUUACCAGGCUCAGGUGAAUCCCUCUUUUGGAGGGUAAAAUUAGUGGGAAUGGAUGUGGGGACAAAAAAAUCCCAAAUGUGUGUUCAUUGGUCAAAUAAUAACCCAAAUCCCAACUUAAAUCAUACUCACAGUGGGAUAGAGACAAGGAGGGAGAUGAACACGUCAUGUGACAUCUGUGUGCUAUUUUAAAGAGAAGGUUCAACUAAAAAUUAAGAUUCUGUCACCAUUUAUUCAUCCUUGUCACACCUCUGGACCUGUUGUGUUUUCUGUCCCCAUGCGCUCUUCAUGACCUAGUUUUUCCCUCAUGUUUGAUUGUCAUUUGGUUCAGGUGUGUCUUGUUUAUUACCCUUGUUUACUUUAGUACUUAUAGUGUAGUCUGUCCCUUGAUUCCUUUGUCUGGUGUUGUCUCUAUUUGAUUUGCUACAUGUGUCUCCAGCCUGCCCUGUGUUACCCUCUGUCUCAAAUAUUAAAGACUGUUGUCCUGCAUCUCCUU